GGAAGAGAUGCGGGGCAUGAUUUCGGGGCUGCUGGAAUCAAUGUGGGAGCUGACGGACACCACAGGGCUGCAUCUAGUCAACCAAGACAGCAUGCGCCAUGUUUGGGAGGUGCAACAGAAGCACCUGGAGUGCCUCCAAGACCCUGCAGGUGUUGCAUUGUACACAAAGGUGGGGACUCUCCAGAAGGGCGGCAAAGAGCUUGACAUCCUCAGGUGUGCUAGGGGGUCCUCCUCCCUGGAGAGUUUUCACAGGCACCAGUGUGCUUUCAUUCCAGGCUGGCGGUGCAAUGCAGUACAUAUGCAGAUGUACAUGCUGGAGGGAGUAUCAAGGUGGAACAUGGGCCGGGCCAAGGAGGCAGUAGCUGUGGAGGGGGCCUCAACCCUCAGAACCUUUGAUGUCCGGUUAAUGUCUCACCUCAACAACAUCAGCCAGCGGGUCCUUGGUCGUGCUCUGGUUCCGGAGUUCACCCCACCCAGGAAACCUACUGGGGAGCGCAUUGCUGUGGAGUAUCUUUUGGCCCAGACCAACAGAGGUGACCUGCUUGCUCCAGAGCAGAUGCCUGAAAUCCCCUUUCAGGUGCUUGAGGAAGAAGAGGAUGAGCCAGAUGCCACAGUGUACAUGCCAGGUGAUGUUGAGGCUGGUGAUCCCUGGGAUGUGGGUGUGCCUGACACUGCUCUGUGCCGGUCAGCUGAGCUUGGGGCUGGUGAUCCCGAUCCUCCAUGUGCUGUGGAAGACCAGGUGUUGUUGGAAGGUGACACUGAACCUGGACCCCUCGUCACAGAGACCAGCCAAUGUGACUCAAGAGGCGUUGCGGGAUGGGAGGCAGUUGAUGCCCUGGCAGCCUACCUAGUUGGCUUGAACCGCACCAUCACUGCCUUGUCAGCGAAGGAGGAGACGGACAUAAUCCAGCUGUACACAGCUCUCCAUGCCAUGGACAAGGUGCCUUCAAGGUACACCCAGAAGGCUGAGAAGAAAGGACACACAUCACGAGGACCAUGGAGAGCACCCAGGAAGCCGAGUGGCUCUGCUCCUGGACAGCAGGCAGCAGAGAGACUAUACAUGACUCAUGGCCAAGCAGCCCAAGACCCUGCAGUACACAGGGUCAGUGAGUGUGUUUGCCUCAGACUUUUCAAAGAGUUUGAGCAAGGACGCAACAGGCCGAAGGACACAAAGGGAAAAACCAUGCCCAUCCCUCAGUCCAUUGUGAGCAUCUACAGCCACAUCAGACAGCUGCUGGAGGACAGCAGGGUUGUCCUGGACCAGACCGACUUGGUUCUGGUGCCGGUCAACAACACCACUGUCUCUUCAUGGCUGCUUAAGAGGGAUAAGAGGAAGGACAGGGACAUGCUGUUGCAAGGCACUGUACUCCCCAAACAGCUGUACCUGGCCAAGGAGUCCCUCCCUGCAGUGAAAGCACUUCCGGCUGCCCCUGUGCAGCAAGAACAUGAGGUGAUGUCAUUUGAGGAGCCUGAAAACCGUGAGGGGGAAGCUUUCCCCCGCCAGCGCACUCUGACAGCAAACAGGCAGGUGUUUCUUUAUCCGCCAUUUCCACCUCCCCCAUUCCCUCCACAAUUUGGGCCAGGUCCUUCGUAUCAGCAAGCUCCUCAGUUCCAGCAGACUCCAUUCCAGCAAGCUCCUCCUUACCAGCAAGCCCCUUAUCAGCAAACCCCUUACCAGCAAGCCCCUUACCAGCAAGCCCUUUACCAGCAAAGUCCUCCAUUCCAGCAAGCUCCUCCUUACCAGCAAGCUCCCCCUUACCAGCAAGCCCCUUCUCACCAGCAAACUCCUCACCAGCAAGAGUGCCUUCCACCUCAGCCAAGGCAACGUGCCUGGAGAAUUCAUAAAGCUGCCCAGGAAGAUGAGCAGCUAGUGGCUAGUGGCGAACCACCACGGAAAAGGCUGGCAAAGGAACACUACCACUACACCUGCAAGGAGUGUGGCCAGGAAAAAAAUAAAAGGACUGGACAUACCCAGCUGAAGGGGCGGUGGUACUGUCCAGCCUCAGGACUGACCCUUGAUCAGUGGAAGGACACUUUAUAACAGUUAUAUAAUAGUUGUUAUUGUUGCAUUGCUACCAGCUGCGGCACAAACACUAGUGAAUGCUGGUAUUCUUUUCAGUUUGUGUGUUACUUUGGGAAAAUUUGUCUGUUUGUCUGUUUGCAGAUGGUUUCUUGUCUUACUUUGUUUUCUCGUACUGUGUGUUAUAAUAUUGUUAAAAUGUUACAAUAAAGUUUAAUAUAUUUACUUGA